AUGAAACGAUCCUCAUCUCAAGGUCCUACUGGUUUAAAAGGAGAUAAUUUUGAUGAAGAUGAGGCAUUUGAUUCUCUUGAUGAACAAUUACUUGAUCUGACAUUAUCUCCAGUACCAAAUAAAAUUAGUUCUCGAAAACCAAGAAAAUUACCGAAAAUGCAAAAUUUUAUUGACAUGCAAGAUGUCCUUCCCUUAACUCCUCUGGAAAAAUUACCAACUACCAUACCAACAAUUCCAAAAACAUCUUUUGCACCAGAAGAUAUUAUAUUCAGAACAAAUAUGUAUUUAGAAACUCAAAUAAGACAGGUAAUGUUCGAAGUUACACGAUAUAUUCAAUCAGCAAUGAACUAUGAACCACAAUUUGAUACAUUUGUCGAAUCUUUCGUUAAAAAAAUCAAAAUCGAAAUAGAAAACGAGCUUAAGUUACCACUACUUAAAAUAGCUACUUGCUUUCGAAAGGUUUUUGACAGUUCUGAAUUAAUUCCUUUUAAAAUUUUAAUGGCAUCAGCAAAUUUUGUUGAUAACAAUACUAGUUACGAAGAAAGAACGCUAGUUCUACAAAAUUUGAAUAAGAAAAUCGAUCAAAGAAGUAAAAUUUAUCAAGAAUGUUGUUUACAACUACAAGAUACGAUAAAAGAGCUAAAUAAACAACGAAAAUCAUUUUACAAAGAUUUAAAAGGUAGAAUUGCUCAGUCUAAACAAAGGAAAGAAGCAAUUAAUUUAUUGGAGUCUCAAAUAAUUGAUUUAGACCAUGAUAUUGAAAUGACAAGGAAGAAAACAGAAAGAAUAAAGGUUGCGCCUACUCACAACAUUACAAUGCUUACAGAACACGAAAAUGAAGAAUUUAAUGA